ACAAAGAGGGUUAAGACAUUUGGCUUGAUUGUGCUAGAAAAUUUCUCUGAAUUGGAGGACUCAAUAAGACAGCAGAAAGAAGCAAAAGCCCCACAACCAAGGCGAAUGAGUGAUGGGUUCAGUAUGGGAAAUGUUGGUGUCCUUGAUCGUGUUCUUGUCAGUGGCUUGUGUUUCAGUUAGAGCCACUGUUACAUAUGAUGAAAAAUCCUUCAUGAUUAAUGGGGUGAGAAAGAUUCUCGUUUCUGGUUCCAUUCACUAUCCAAGAAGCACUCCUGAGAUGUGGCCUCAACUCAUACAGAAGGCUAAAGAAGGCGGUUUAGAUAUUGUGGAGACUUAUGUGUUCUGGAACGGGCACGAACCGUCUCCUGGAAAAUUUAACUAUGAGGGGCGGUUUGAUCUUGUCAAGUUCAUCAAACUGGUACAGCAAGCUGGCCUCUACGUUCACCUCCGCAUUGGGCCUUAUGUUUGUGCAGAGUGGAAUUAUGGGGGACUCCCGGUUUGGCUAAAAUAUGUACCAGGAAUGGAAUUCAGAACGGACAACCAGCCUUUCGAGUUGGCAAUGAAAGGAUUUGUCGAAAGCAUUGUCUAUAUGAUGAAGUCAGAAAAAUUGUUUGAGCCUCAGGGAGGACCGAUCAUUAUGGCACAGAUAGAAAAUGAAUAUGGACCGGUGGAGUGGGAAAUUGGUGCUCCUGGUGUAGCUUACACAGCUUGGUUUACAAAAAUGGCUGUUGCACUUGAUAUUGGUGUUCCAUGGAUCAUGUGCAAACAAGAAACCGCCCCUGCACCGAUGAUUGAUGCCUGCAAUGGUUUCUAUUGUGAUGGCUUCAAACCUAGCAAGCCUAAUGAACCCAAAAUGUGGACUGAAGUCUGGAGUGGCUGGUAUACACCAUUUGGUGGUCCGCUUCCUUACAGACCUGUCGAAGACUUGGCUUUUUCAAUCGCAAAGUUUGUCCAAAGUAACGGCACGUUCUUCAAUUAUUACAUGUACCAUGGAGGUACCAACUUCGGUCGAUCAUCUGGUCUUUUUGUUACCACCAGCUAUGAUUUUGAUGCCCCCUUGGACGAAUAUGGACUUCCAAAUGAGCCGAAAUGGGGGCACUUGACUGAUUUACACAGUGCAAUUAAGAAAUCUGAAGAAGCUUUACUUUCAUCAUAUCCCACCAUCACCUGGCCCGGUAAUAAUCAAGAGGUUCGUGUCUUCAAAUCAGAUUCAGGGGCUUGUGCUGCAUUUCUUGCCAACUACGACACUGCGGACUGGACGAAAUUGACAUUCCAGAAUUUCCCAUAUGAUUUGCCUCCUUGGUCAAUCAGCAUUCUGCCUGACUGCAAAACUGAAGUUUACAACACGGCCAAAAUAAAGAGAAAGAUCGGCCCCACACGUAAGAUGAGACCCGCGAUCAGUACAUUUUCUUGGCAAUCCUACAACGAUCACAUUCCUUCUGCUGGCGAUCAAGAUACAUAUCCAAUGCAAGGUCUUUGGGAGCAAGUCAACGUUACGAGAGACUACUCUGAUUAUUUAUGGUACCUGACUGAAGUCGAUAUAGAUCCUAAUGAGGGAUUUCUGAAGAGCGGAAAAUGGCCUCAGCUCACCGUCAUGUCAGCAGGGCAUGCCUUGAAUGUUUAUGUCAACGGACAGUUAUCAGGAAAUGUGUAUGGGACCCUGGAGAAACCCCAGUUGACAUUUACCAGCAAUGUGAAUUUAAAAGCCGGCAUUAACAAAAUCGCUUUGCUUAGUGUUUCUGUGGGGCUAGCGAAUGUCGGGGUGCACUAUGAGAAGUGGAAUGUAGGAGUUCUCGGCCCUAUCACUCUCGAUGGUCUCAAUGAAGGUACAAGAGACUUGACAAAGCAGAGCUGGUCAUUUAAGGUUGGGUUGAUAGGCGAAAGACUCAAACUUGACACCACGGCUGGAAGUUCUGCAGCGCAAUGGGCUCAAGGAUCGCAGGUUUCUCUAAAGCAACCUCUAACAUGGUAUAAGACGACAUUUGAUGCACCAGAUGGGAACGAUCCGUUGGGGUUGGACAUGUACAGCAUGGGAAAAGGUGAAAUGUGGAUAAACGACCAAGGCAUAGGCAGACACUGGCCUGGAAAUACAGCAAAAGGCAACUGCAGUAACUGUAACUAUGCAGGCAUAUUCGCAGAGAAAAAAUGCCUAGGCAACUGUGGCGAGCCCUCUCAAAGAUGGUAUCACGUACCACGUUCAUGGCUGAAACCAACGGGGAAUGUUUUAGUCGUGUUCGAAGAAUGGGGUGGCGAUCCGACUAAGAUUUCUAUGGUUAAGAGAACGUUGUUGUAACGAAGCAUCGGCUGCCCGAUUUUGUGACUAGCCACUCCAUGAACAAACUCCUGAUUAGCUUUUGUAGAAUGUUUGAGGUUUGGUACAGUUACACUGUACUACUCCAGCUAUAGAGUCUUUUUCUUAUUAAGUUUGAGUGGUUCGACUUCGAUCCUCAUCACGAGUCAGGACAAGCUCUAGGAGGAUAGAGCAACUCAAAUUUGCACCGAGUAUUUAUAUAUACUAGAAAGUAUCACGUGCGAAUAAGAACAUGUAUUUGAAAAUGAAUACGUUAUUUAUUAGUGAUGUACACAAAAUUUCAGUUUAAUAAGAUCCGUCAUUUUUCAUUUGAAGUUCA